AUGCUUGGAAACCGAUUCAAGGGCGCCCGCGGUGGAUCCGGCAAGCCUUCCAAAAAAGGCUUUGGAGCCCCUGCAUCGAACAAAGUCGUGGUUGUUCCUCACCGGUUUCCCGGCGUCUAUGUUGCUAAAGGCAAAUCUGACGCUCUGGUCACCCGGAACAUGGUUGUUGGGGAGUCAAUUUACGGCGAGAAGCGCAUUGAAGUAACGAACGAGGACGGCGAAAAGGUCGAGUACAGGAUGUGGAAUCCCUUUCGUUCUAAGCUCGGGGCGACCAUAAUUGGUGGUGUUGCCAAUAUGCCCAUUGGCAUUGGCUCCAAGGUUCUCUACUUGGGUGCUGCCAACGGUACCACCGUUUCUCACGUCUCUGACAUGGUUGGACCCACCGGAAUAGUCUAUGCUGUUGAAUUUUCUCACAGAUCGGCUCGUGACUUGACAAACAUGGCUAAGCGUAGGCCUAACAUUGUGCCUAUAGUUGAGGACGCAAGGCAGCCUUUGAAGUACCGGAUGCUCGUCGGCAUGGUCGACAUCAUUUUUGCCGACGUCGCGCAGCCUGACCAGGCCAGAAUCGUUGCCAUGAACGCAAACCAUUUUCUCAAGCCCUCUGGGUGGUACAUCAUCGCCAUCAAGGCGAACUGCGUUGACUCUACGGCUAGCCCCGAGGCUGUCUACCGUGUACCAUGA